CCCUGCGGUCCAGCGAAAGCGCGGGUGAGAGAUGGAAUGAUCCGCUGGGUGCGAGCCUGGGAUGGGGUUCCGGAACGGGCAGCCUCGAAAGGAUGGACAGCCCAGCCAUCCGCAAUGGGAUGCAGGGAGCAGAGUGAAAUCUGAGAAUAGAGGCCGGGAAGUAAAUGACUUUGCUGCAUUAGAGACAUCUGCUUGUAAAGCAAAGGUACCCACGAAACUAUGGAUGAUACAAGAACUUCACUUGAUGUUAAAGAGUACCCCGAUACUGAGGUACAGAAAAACCGAAUACUAACUCUGGAAGACUGGCAAGAAAAGUGGGUGGAGCGCAAAAUCACAUUUCAUCAAGAACAAGGACACCAGCUAUUAAAGAAGCAUUUGGAUGCUUUCCUUAAAGGCGAGAGUGGACUGAGGGUAUUUUUCCCUCUUUGUGGGAAAGCAGUUGAGAUGAAAUGGUUUGCAGAUCGGGGACACAGUGUAGUCGGUGUGGAAAUCAGUGAACUUGGGAUACGGGAAUUUUUUACAGAGCAGAAUCUUUCUUACUCAGAAGAACCAAUCAAGGAAAUUCCUGGAGCCAAAGUAUUCAAGAGUUCUUCGGGGAACAUCUCAUUGUACUGUUGCAACCUUUUUGACCUUCCCAGAGCAAAUAUUGGCAAAUUUGACAGGAUUUGGGAUAGAGGAGCAUUCGUUGCUAUUAACCCAGGUGAUCGUAAACGCUAUGCAGAUAUAAUGCUGUCCCUAAUGAGAAAAGGGUUCCAGUACCUCUUGAGUGUUUUUUCUUAUGAUCCAACUAAAUAUGGAGGACCACCAUUUUAUGUAACAGAUGAUGAAAUUAAAAGACUAUUUGGUUCAGUGUGCACUUGUCAGUGUCUUGAGAAAGUAGAUGCAUUUGAAGAACGACAUAAAAGUUGGGGAGUUGAUUACCUUGUUGAAAAGUUAUAUCUACUUACAGAAAAGUAAAUGAGACAUAAAUAAACGCAAGUAACAUCAAGUUUUAGAGCAAUUGAAAAUUAUGCUAAGGCAUGAAAAUACAAUGGAUGACCUUUGAAAAAAUUGUUCACAAAUUACAUCACAGUAAUGUGUGUAACAUUUUAGAAAAAACAAUAACAACAAUCACAUACUAAAAUGUUAAAGUAGCUACCUUUGGAAAGGAGAGUAUGAUUGAGGAGCGGGGGUGAAAGAUUAUACCUGGGUGUUUUACUUACAAAUUGAAGGCUUUUUUUAACAAUCACCAUGUUUUACCUCUAUAAUUAAAAAAUAAA